AUGCACCGCGACGAGAGUAAUCACGGUCGCCAGCAAUCCGAUUAUGCAGUUGGAAUGUUGUGGUACGGUCUGAUCGAGAGCGUGAUCACACAGACAGACGUGUGCGAUUUUCGUAUGCAUUUUCAGUCCAACCUGCGCUUCCGUCUCCCCCGCCAGCACCAUGGCACUGCACUCCUUGGCCCUGAUGGCCUCGUCGCUACCAUACGCGGCGAACUUAUGAAUGGUGGGAACGACUCCCUUGUCGCCUCCCCCCUCCGCGGCCAGGCCAUCUUGGAUCACCCAAACUACCAGGCAUGGAUUUCCUCCCUCCUUUAUCGUGAUGGUGAACGUUACAGCCUAUUUUAUGGCGCAUUCUUGGGCGACUUUGGUGCAAAACUCUUUUCGCCAGUAUUAUAA